AUGGAUAACUAUCCAUUUCUCGAUUCUCAAAUAAAUUUUGAUUUCAUGUCCGAAUUUUCUUCUUUCCUAAAUGAAGUGGCUAAGGGUGAUUACACAUAUAAGUUUUCCACUGAUCAAAUCUUCCCCUCACGAGCCGAGUUAAUUGAAUGGGUUCGAAAGAUUGCAUUCGACCUUGGCUUUGCUGUUGUGAUUAUAAGAUCUGACACAACAACUGGUGAACCAGAAAGAAAGACAUUCAUUUUGUUAGGCUGUGAAAGGAGUGAGAAGUAUAAGCCAGAUGUUCAGCCUAGUGUAUCUGGCACAAGAAAAUGUGAGUGUCCGUUUAGAUUGAGGGGUAAACCUAAAGGACAGAGUUGGGUGUUCAAGGUUAUGUGCGGUUAUCACAAUCAUGAAUUAGCAGAGACUUUGUAUGGUCAUCCUUUUGUGGGGAGGUUAAAUGUUGUUGAACAAUCAAUUCUUGUUGACAUGACUAAAAGUCAAGAUACCACGUACAAGACGAACAAAUAUCGUCUUCUGUUGCUUGAGAUUGUUAGAGUCACAUCAAUUGGUUUGACAUUCAUAGCCGUCUUUGCAUUUUUUUCAAGUGAACGCCAAAAUAAUUUCACUUGGGCAUUGGAAAGGUUCAAAGGAUUACUAUUGACAUCAAAGGGCGGUCCACGCGUUGUUGUCACUGACAGAGACCUUACUUUAAUGAAUGUCAUUGACAAUGUAUUUCCUGAGACAUAUCAGAUGCUCUAUACAUUCCACAUUAUGAAAAAUGUCAAAGCGAAAUGCAAUAUGUUAGUAGAUAAUGUUGAGGCAUGGGAUGUCUUGAUGGAAGUGUGA